AUGAGGCUCACCGGGAAUCGUGAAUUUAAUCACACAAUUGAGUCAGCUGAAUUUGUUAUUUCCAGCUGCACAAAAGUGAAAUUCUCCACGUCCAUUUCUGUUGACUUCCUGUCAGACCCACUACAAUUGUUCCCAUCUUACGAAAGGCUGUUCCCCCGUCCUCUGAACCGCGUGCCCGAGUCCCCUUCCUCCAAGAAUGCUGCCGCCCUCUCCCUGGUUGAACUUUUUGUUUCCAGUCGAAUGCACACUGGAGCCAAAACCAGCACCCCGGCCAAGUGGUACUUGAAAACUGUCCCCACCUCCCGGUCGGUUUCCUUGCUUUUGAAUAACCUUUUCCCACAAUGCAUUCGGUCCCCUACAACCUCAACAGACAACUGUUUCGACUAG